AUGGGCCCUCGCACAGGCAGCUUCCGAUCUCGUGCUACAAGCCUUAUAAAGUCGCCUCUUGCGACUAUACAUCAGGGGCAAUACCAUGAUCCAAAUAGGGAAAGAAGUUUUAGCAAUGCUUCACAACAGCAGACUCUCAAUGAGAAGCAAGAGGCGCUGGACAAUCUUACAAGCUCUUCUUCCUGUGGGCAAACGCAUUCCACAUUAGCAGAAGAUACUAGAGUUCGCGAACGAGACGCGCACAGGAUACCCCGAACUAUUCCAAGCUGGGUUCACACCAGGGAAGAGAUCGAGAAAGGCAUUGUUCCAAUCUCACCCUCACACGAUCCCCCUGGUGCAGCUCAAGUGGCUCAGCAUAAUAGCAGUCCUGCUAUAAAGGCCAACGGGUCGACUUAUCAUCAAAAGGUACAUAAUCAAGAAUAUGAGAAGCUAGCGCACUGGUCCGGUGAGGCCGAUCCUGAGAGGGUCUCGCGCUGGAAGGCUUUCACGGAUGCUUCGGCGUAUCCUCAUAUCACUCCAGAUGGUGGGCGUAUCGUUAGUGAAGAAUGGCUACGAGAUAAUGGUCCAAACUACUAUCAACCAUGGAUGGCAGGAGUAGUGGAGGGUGACCCUGAAGUUGGCUACAAAUCUCACAUUCGGCGGCGCGCGUGGUAUCUGAGACUUGAACGCAAAAUUCUACGCAGUCCUAUUGUUCCCAUGGUGAUUCGUAUGAUCGUUCUUUCAUUCUCGGUGGUUGCACUAGGACUAGCCACCUCCAUCCACAUAUUAGUCAACGGAAACGACAGUGUGCUCGAACAAGUUCCAAGUACAGACAUGGCGAUUAUAGGAAACCGCUCGGAUUGA